ACCGGCCUGGUUGCUUGUUCCGCGCUCCAGCGGCUCUUCUCGCUCAGCGCGGGCGAGCGGCAGAGGUGGAGAUGGCAGCCGCCCUGCAGCGCGUCGAACGGCUGUCCAGUCGGGUGAUUCGCGUCCUGGGCUGUAACCCGGGCCCCAUGACCUUGCAGGGCACCAACACCUACCUGGUGGGAACCGGCCCCAGGAGAAUCCUCAUUGACACUGGAGAACCAGCAAUUCCAGAAUAUAUCAUCUGUUUAAAGCAGGCUCUGACAGAAUUUAACACAGAGAUCCAGGAAAUCAUAGUGACCCACUGGCACCGUGAUCAUACCGGAGGCAUAGGAGAUAUUUGUAAAAACAUCAAUAAUGACAGUACAUACUGCAUUAAAAAACUCCCACGGAAUCCCGAGAGAAAAGAAACUGUAGGAGAUGGAGAGCAACAGUAUGUUUAUGUGAAAGACGGAGAUGUGAUUAAGACUGAAGGCGCCACGCUAAGAGUUAUAUACACACCUGGCCACACUGAUGAUCAUAUGGCCCUACUUUUAGAAGAGGAAAAUGCUCUCUUCUCUGGAGAUUGCAUCCUAGGGGAAGGGACAACCAUAUUUGAAGACCUCUAUGAUUAUAUGAGCUCCCUGAAAGAGUUAUUAAAAAUCAAAGCUAAAGUUAUAUAUCCAGGACAUGGCCCAGUAAUCCAUAAUGCCGAAGCUAAAAUUCUACAAUACAUCUCUCACAGGAAUAUCCGAGAACAGCAAAUUCUUACAUUAUUUCAUGAGAACUUUGAAAAGUCAUUCACAGCAAGGGAUCUUGUAAAAGUUAUUUACAAGGAUACUCCUGAGCAUUUACAUAAAAUGGCCGAACAUAACAUCGUAGUUCAUUUGAAAAAAUUAGAAAAGGAAGGAAAGAUAUUUAGCAACAUGGAUCCUGAGAAGAAAUGGAAAGCUCAUCUUUAGUUUCAGCUUAAAGAAAGAUUUUGUUGUUUUGUUUUUAGAGAAUGGUAUGUUUUGUUAACUAUUAAUUAUUUACAGAGAAUAUAGCAUGUGGAACAUUGAAAAUAUACUUUAAAAUAACAUCAUACUUAUUCUAAAAUAUGUAAAUUACAUUUUACACCUAUAAUAUUAGCUAUUUGUCUCACCUA